ACGCUGUGCAACACAGCCGUAGACACAAGGCAUGAUCAACCACGAUGACGCAACAAGAAUCAACCAUGUCACUAAUAUUCUUACAACUACUUUUACUCUUGUCAUGCCUAACACUGAACAAUAGUAUUGCAGAAUCAACCACCAUCAUCAAUGUGUGGCCCAAACCAAGGAACCUUACAUGGUCCCCACCAUACCAAACCACCCUCCUCUCCUCCACAUUCACCAUCACCACCACCACCAACCACCACAACAAGCAUCUCUCCAUCGCCAUCCGCCGCUACCAGAACCUCAUCAAAUCCGAGCACCACCACCCACUUGUCCCACAAGCAGUCAACAUCUCCAACAAAUACCUCCCACCACUGCAGACUCUCAAGGUCACAGUGGUGGACACUGCUGCAGAACUCGUCCACGCCGUGGACGAGUCCUACACUCUCUCCAUCCUCCCUUCCUCAUGUGCUACCCUCACUGCAAAGACUGUAUGGGGUGCCAUGCGAGGCUUGGAAACAUUCUCCCAGCUCGCAUGGGGCCACCCCACGCAGGUUCCAGUGGGCGUGCACGUGUGUGACUCCCCACUCUAUGCCCACCGCGGUGUCAUGGUGGACACCGCGAGGAACUAUUAUCCCGUGAAGGACUUGAUGAGGACAGUGAAAGCCUUGAGCAUGAACAAGCUCAACGUGCUUCACUUGCACCUCACGGAUGCAGAAUCUUUCCCUUUGGUGCUUCCUUCGGAACCUGCCUUGGCUGAAAAGGGGGCUUAUGCCCCUCACAUGGUCUACUCACCCAAGGAUGUCAAAAAACUUGUAGAAUUUGGUCUUGAUCAUGGGGUUCGGAUAAUACCUGAGAUUGACACACCUGGACACACAGCAUCUUGGGCAUUAGCCCACCCUGACAUUGUAACAUGUGCCAACAUGUUCUGGUGGCCAGCCGGAAGGGAUUGGCCACAUAGGUUUGCUUCACAACCAGGAACAGGACAUUUGAACCCCUUAAACCCCAAGACUUACCAAGUCCUAAAGAAUGUCAUACACGACAUAACCACAUUGUUCCCAGAACCAUUUUUCCACUCUGGUACUGAUGAAAUAGUACCAGGCUGCUGGAAAACUGACCCUGCAAUUCAGAAAUACCUAUCAAAUGGUGGAACCCUCAACCAACUUCUCGAGAAGUAUAUCAACAACACCCUCCCUUUCAUUGUGUCCCUCAACCACACCGUUGUCUUCUGGGAAGAUGUUUUACUGGACGACAUAGUCCAUGUGCCAUCUGCAAUCCUUCCCAAGGAGCAUGUGAUUCUGCAGACAUGGCACAAUGGACAUAACCACACUAAGAAGAUAGUUUCUGCCGGAUACCGAACCAUCGUGUCAUCGGCGGAAUUCUAUUAUCUGGAUUGUGGACAUGGCUCCUAUGUUGGCAACAACAGUGCAUAUGACAAUCAAGAUGGUGACAUGGGCAAUGGCGGCUCUUGGUGUGCACCUUUCAAGACAUGGCAGACCAUAUACAACUAUGACAUAGCAUAUGGGUUGAGUGAGGGGGAAGCAAAGUUGGUUUUGGGAGGAGAGGUGGCACUUUGGUCAGAACAAUCUGAUCCAACUGUUUUGGAUGCAAGAAUUUGGCCAAGAGCUUCUGCACUGGCUGAGUCAAUGUGGUCAGGAAAUAGAGAUGAAAAGGGUGUGAAGAGAUAUGCAGAGGCCACAGAUAGAUUGAAUGAAUGGAGAAGCAGAAUGGUAAGCAGAGGAAUAGGUGCCGAGCCCAUUCAGCCAUUUUAUUGUGUUAAGAAUCCUGGCAUGUGUAACACAGUGCAUCCAGUCUAGUUGCAUUCUUCCUUUGUCACAAUAAAAAAUAAGGUUGAAUUAAAAGUUUAGUAACCAAAAUAAGGUUAAGUUUUUUUUUUUAAAAAAAAAAACUAAUAUCGUCUUUUGUUUUAAUUUCUACAUGAAAAAAAGUCUAAAUUUUGGUUCUUA